GGCUCAUGAACGCUUGAACCUCCUGUAUGGCGAGGCGACGUAUGUACGUGCUAUGAUCUCGGCUGCCAAGGGCAAAUUUUCGCGCUGUUGUCACACCGCUGAGGCAUCAUGAGCCGGUCGCCUCCCGAACUUGCGCUUGCAUUACGGCAGCUGCAUCCACGGCGCGGCUGGUUGACAGCUCAGUCAUGCCGUCUAAGAAGACACCUCUCAUGCAGCCAGCGGCUGCUCGCCAAGACGGAUACGAUUGUCGUCCUUGGUGGCGGUAUCUCGGGACUGGCAUCUGCGCUGCAUCUGUCGCGGUCUUUGCCGAAGGGCAAGAAAGUCAUCCUUGUGGAAAAAGAAAACCGACUGGGAGGAUGGAUCCAGUCUGAAAGGCGACGACUGACACCGCCAGCAGGCUCUACAGAGAUACAAGAAGAAGCGGUAUUGCUGGAAGGUGGGCCACGAAGCAUACGGCCGACUGGGUAUAGCGGUCUGGUCAUGUUAGACCUUGUGCGAUCACUUGGCAUCUGGGAUCGCAUGCUCCUCGUUCCCAAGACUGCCGCCUCCGCGCGUAACCGUUUCAUCUGGUACCCUGACCUCCUCAAUCAAUUGCCUUCCAGUCUAACCGCUUUGCCGAGCAUGUUCCGCCUGCCAGUGAUGAAAGGCGUGAUCGGCGAGUUGCUGCGGGAAUUCAACGCACCGUCCCGCUUCCAACGGCCCAAGUCUGAGUCGCCAGGCGAGAAGCACCGAUGGGCACGGAGAGAGCUGCUGGAAGACGAAUCUGUUGAAGGCUUCCUUACGCGGAGAGUGCGUGGUGGCACAAAGCUUGCGCACAACAUCGUCUCUGCCGUUAUGCACGGCAUCUACGCCGGCGACAUCCGUCGACUCAGCGUGCGGUCCAUCCUAGGCUUUCUUUGGGAGACCGAGAAAGUACAUGGAGGUCUCCUACGAAGGUUCUUGCUUCCGCCGAGACUCAACAGCAGGCAUCGGCCACCCGGUCCUGAGCAGAUCGCACUGAAAGCCCAGGAGCGAGAAGCGCUCGAAAGGGCGCAGGAGAAGCUUGGUAAACAGGUUGUCAACGAGAUGAAGCAGAUCAGCGUCUAUUCCUUCCCUGAAGGCAUGCAAGAGCUACCUCGAGCAAUAGGAGAGGCGCUUGGGGCUGCAGAAAAUGUUCAGGUCCUCACAAACACAUCUUGCUCUGCUUUGCGAAUCGCAGACGACGGAUGCGUGGCGGUCAAAACAUCUUCCGGUACCAUUGUCUGCGAUCGCGUAGUGUCCAGCCUUCCAGCAGCGACACUCAAUGCACUUUUGUCGCCUGCGCUCCCGGAGCAAUACUUGACAGGAGGAGCGUCUGCAAAUGUUGGGGUCGUCAACAUCGCCAUUCCAUCCUGGCUGCUGGGCGAUCGGAAGCGCCUGUUAAAAGUUGAAGGCUUCGGCUUCCUCGUCCCGCGUUCCGUGAAUGAAAACAAAGACGGCAUACUGGGCGUUGUAUUCGACAGCGACUCACUGCCGGCUCAGGACGUGCCGCUUGGUGGCAGCACGAGCGCAAGAACGCCAACAAAGCUAACGGUCAUGAUGGGCGGUGCGCACUGGCAAGAUUUACCACGCGAUCAGCUUCCAAGUCAAAAGGCGCUCAUAGAAGGCGCUAAAGCGGCUGUCGUGCGCUACCUAGAUGUGCCGCAUGAGAUGCUGGACGAUCCUUCGACGCUCAUAGUAGCACGCAUGCAGUCGGACUGCAUACCGUGGUACACUGUCGGGCACCCUGUGCGCAUGGCGAAGCUUCACCGCGCCAUUCUCGAUGGAUACCACGGCCAAGAGGCACCAUGGAAGGGCAGACUGGCGCUCGUAGGCGCUAGUUACACCGGUGUGAGCGUGAAUGAUUGCGUUGCGAGGGCCACCGAGACGGCGCAAAAGAUCGUUGAGGAAGAGACCAGAGGUGCUGGUUCCGAGCGCAAGACGACCGGGCUGGAAAUUUUGGCGCUGCCGUGCGGGCUGCUUUGAAGGCCUCAAAUAUUAAAAGAGUGCUGUUGUGUGAUGUAUGAUACACUUAAAGUCAAUGCGAG